AUGCAUGAGAUCUGCAACACCUUCCUCCACACUGCUGCGGUUUUUAAUACAGAGGGUAAGACGUUUGUGAAAGAAAGCAUCAAGUGCAUCGCGAGCGGUAUCACCACGAAGGUCUUCCAGACCAUCAAACGCUGUUCCACCUUCCAGAAGAUGAUUGCUGAAGUGCAGGAGGAAUGCUACAAGAAGCUUGACAUCUGCGAAGUGGCCAAAUCCAAUCCUGAGGCCAUUGGGGACGUGGUCCAAGUGCCCAGCCACUUCCCAAACAGGUACUACAGCACACUUCUGCAGAGCUUGAUGGAGUGCGAUGAAGACACCGUGGAGGUGGUGCGAGCCGGGCUGGUGUCCAGACUGGGACCUGACAUGGCCACACUCUUCCAGCUGCUUCAAAACAAGCCCUGUCCACCUGAACCCGCCGCCGCUGGGCCUUCUGGGAUUGAGGGCCACACCAGCUUCCGCUGGCCUCCCAUGUUCAAGAUCCAGCCCAACCUGCGCAACAGGGACCCCACGCACCUCUUCGCCAAGAAACGCUCACUGGAUGGAAGCUCUUAG